CAUCGUUGAACGGCGUGCUAAACGCAAGGGAGAACGUGGAAGUUCGAGGGAAUAGAGAUCGACGUUGACGAGAAGCUGGAAAUCAUCAGUUCCACAGAUAUAACAACAAGAUGUCCUUCAUUGUCACCACUUUGUUUGUCCUCUGCAUUUCACAUUCUGCACUAAUAGGUAUCAGUUCUGGUGUCACUUUGGAAUCCUCUAGUGCGGAGAAUGGCGUUGCAUAUAUGUUGGUUGGUCAAGGAGCCACCAGGAUGGUAUGCAACACGAGCAAGGUCAGCUCAAGUUCCCAAGUCGUUCCCAAGUUCUAUCACGGCUCCACGUUGCUGGACGCUACAACACUUGAUCACGAAAACAUGAGAAUUACUAAUAAGAACAUAUUACACAUUCGAUCUAUAGAAGGAAAUUACAGCUGCUGCAUCAACGUCCAACAGGUGGACCACUGUAGUAACUCCAUUAGAGUCAUAGUCUUCGAUGUGCCUGUGAUAACUUUGCUCACUACAAGGAAGAUGACAGUGGCAGUGGGCAGCAAUGUCACCAUCUCGGCCACAGUGUCUGGAAACAACGUGCGAUGGCUUGCAAUGUGGGAGUUUGGGGUGAAUCCAUUAUGGGAAUCAGCUGAACAACUCGAUUUUACACAGAAACGGCAGUGGACAGUCAAACUGAGUAUUAAUAGUCUUAGUUACACAGACCAGGGCACCUACAGACUUGCAGUCAGUAAUAAAUACGCAACACGAAAAAUGAGCCCACAGGUCGAGCUUACCAUACAAGCAGAACCUCCUGGAAUUCCUUCCAAUCUCACAGUCAAGGCCAUUUCGACACAAAGUGAUACCGAUUGUCGACUUUUUCUAAGAUGGACAACUGUUCGACAAGCAGACGAUUACACACACAACAGACCACCUGACAAGUUCAUCGUCAGCUACCAAAUCAUGGGAGACCCGAAACAAGAAUGGAAAGAAAGAGUAGUGAAGGAUGUGAAAGAGGCUACACUUGUUGGUCUUCCUCCUUGUACUACAUUCAACAUCAUGGUCAUCGCCUGUAAUACAGUUGCAUGCAGCCUCUCCAGCCAAAGUGUUAGAUACACGACAAAGCCCAGCCAUUCAUCAACAUGGCUGGAAGAUAGGUUAGCCAUAGAUGAAGACUCAAGUACGUUACUAUUCAGGAACGGACACAACACUCGACAGCUUUGUGUUCCUCGCUUUUACACUCCCAACAUUACAUCACACUUAUGCACUCAGUUGUCUUCAACUAGGGUCACUCAUUCAGGAGUAAUCACUUUGGAAUUCCAGUGCCAACAAAAGUCUGACGACUUGACACAGUGUGCAUUCAAAUGUCCGAAGGUUGCCAAAGUGUGUGGACAAAAUGAAACGAUUGUCUAUUUGCAAGAUAUCUGUGGACAUGAUGAUCAUCAUUCUGAUUUGAAGCCAACUCAAGAUGUGCUUUCGCCUACACAAACGAGGAAACCCGACACCCACAACAUUUCAACUAUUGUACUCAUUCUGGCAAUGGUGUGCAGCAUUCUUGUAACAAUCAUAAUCAUGGCUGGGAUAUUCUUCUACUACCUCCAUCGAAAGCAGAACAAUCAGUAUAUGACUGGUAGUUCAAGUUAAUUAACAUAGCAGUCAACUGUUGUCUACUACCUGUCUAUCUGCGGUAUAUAUCUAUUUAUCUUUAUUAUUAAAUUGGUUCAAAAUAGA